AUGGCAGACAAGAAAGCAACAGAACCAACAACAAACCCCCGCGGCAUCCCCGUCGCUCCCUUCGUCGACAAUGUCUCCGACUACGUAACGACCCGCGCAGACGUCGAACCGACCAUGAACUCCUUUCGCGAGAUGAUAUCUAAGUACCAAUUCAUGGAAGUCAACACAACGCGGCGCGCGGCGGGGCUCCGCGAAAAGAUCCCGGACAUCAAGAAGACGCUCGAGAUGGUUCAUUUCUUGAAAGCGCGGCGCGAGAAUAGCUUGGGGCCCCUCGAGACGAACUUUGAACUUAAUGAUACGCUUUAUGCGCGCGCGGCGAUCGACACGCAAGAUACCGAUGAGGUGUACCUGUGGCUCGGGGCGAAUGUGAUGCUUGCGUAUCCGAUUGACGAGGCUGUGGUGAUGUUGGAGGAAAAGCUCAGUGCUGCAGAAGUGAGCUUGGCGAAUUGUGAUGAGGAUUUGGAGUUCUUGAGGGAGCAGAUUACGACACUGGAAGUUGCUACGGCGCGUGUGUAUAACUGGGAUGUUGUGCAGAGGCGGAAAGAGAAGGCGGAGGGGAAGGAAGAAGACAAAUAA